AUGGAGCCCGUGCCGCGCAAGGCGUUUGACUACCGCAAGCGCCAAGUGCCCACGGUAAAGAGCCUGUAUCUGCGUAUUACGGUGUACAUGACCAUCAUCUUCCGCUACUUACCUAACCUGGAAGCCCUUGACUUUAACCUCCACGAGCAUGUGCGGGAUGCCUUUAAUGGCGUGCUUCGCGUCCAGGGAGCGGAACUCUGGGCGCUGAGGGAGAGCAACCUGCCAAUAAUCCGGACAAUGGCCAUCUUCAAGACGGUGGAUCAGGGAUGGGACGCCAACGAAAUCAUGGCCCUCCUCGACAAUUUCCCCAGCACGGAGUGUCUUUGCCUCCAGGGCAGCAUGCAUGCACGUCCCAUAUCCAAAGGAUACUCUCCUUACCGCCGCCACCUCCGCCAACUCUUUCUCACGGACGAGCGCUGGAUCGGCAUCACGCCAAGUUACAUGCUCCAGCACAGACUCACCCCCUACGAACCCAGGCUCGGGGUGGCGGCUCAUGGCAAAGGCGGCCCCCUCCACUUCCCGCCGGCCAUCUGGCGGCCUACGGCUGAGCCCAUCCCGACUCGGUACGAGUUCGCGAUCCCGGACGAUGCGGUGGCGUACAUCAGAUGUGGGGAUCUCGACGCGGAUGGCGGGAAUGUCUUCCUCAACUACUGCGAGAUGGUGAUGGAUCAUUGUUGGGUGAAAGAGUGCGCUGUUAUUGAGGACUUCCUCCGUUCUGUGGUCCCUGGACCCGCAGUUUGGUCGGCCCUUAAGCGCAUGGGCUGGGACAGCGAAGCAAGAAACCCCAAGAAGACUUUCGACAAGCUCACCGAUUACUUCACGAAGGGUACCGAUCAAGACGAGAUCCUGUUACAUCAGCAGUUCGUCAAUAUUCGGCGUGCCAACUUCGAUAGACUUGAGGAUUAUCUGAUGCGGGUCAACUACCUGCGUUGCCGACUCAACUCAACCGACUUCAAGCUGAACGAUAAGGCAUACGUCUUACUGACGCUUCAAGGCAUCGCCACAGAGUAUCCCGAUUUGUAUGAAAAGUAUGCUAAAGAGCUAAAAAGCCUCAAAUGGGAGAGCCUGAUGCGGAAGCUUUAUAUUGUUGCUGUCAGGGAGGAUGCCCGGACGAGAAUCGAUCAAGAGCAGGAUAUCAAACCCAAUAUUCACUGACAGUCAGGAGGAACUUUCAUUGGGGGCUGGUGAUAGGCUGCAAGGUUGCAGACGAGGACAUCGGAGAAGGGACAGAGAGCCUCAUGCUACUUUAGUC